CAGGCGGGCUCGCGCCGUUGCCGGGGUGAGGGCGCGCCAUGGCCGGCGUGGAGCUGUUCUCGCACCCCGCGCUGCACGCGCGGUACCGGGCCGGGCUCUGCUCCGCCGCCGCGCUCGCGCUGCUCCUCAUUGCCCUGCUCACCUACCUGCCGCCGCUGCUGCUCGCCUACCGCAGCCACGGUUUCUGGCUGAGGCAGAGCACGUACCUGGAGCAGCCCACGGUGCGUUUCCGCUACGAGGUGCUCUUCGUCGCCACCCUGGCGCCUGGCCCCAGCAGCUUCUUGGCAUGGAGCACGUUCCCAGCCUUCAACAGGCUGCAGGGAGAGCGGCUGCGGGUGCCGCUCCUGUUGGUAGGCCUGACCGGUGGGAAGUGGGACCGAGAGCUGCAGGAGGGGCUGAUCAGAGUCGUUGAGACUAGAGAAGAAGACAAGGAUCAAGAUGGUAAAGUGGAUCAGUUGCAUUUUAAAUUGGAACUUCCGCUACAACCUACGGAGCAUGUAGUUGGUGUUCAGCUGAUUCUACUCUUUUCCUACCAGCUUUAUAGAAUGUCAACACUUGUGAUGCAGAGCAUGGCUUUUCUUCAGUUCUUUUCUCCUGUGCCAGGGUCUCAGUUCUAUACGAACGGAGACCUGAAAUUGAACCAGAGGCAAUUACUUCGCCAUUGUGGAUUGGAUACCAGAUACAAUGUGUCUGUGGUCAAUGGCACAAGUCCUUUUGCAAGUGAUUAUGAUCUAACAAACAUCAUUGCAGCAUACUGGGAUAGAAAUGUGACAACAGUCUUUUCAGAUCCCAGCCCUGUCUGGAUGACUGGAAGAGCACCAGAUUCACCAUUUGUCAUUAACGCCACUAUUCGUUACCCAGUGGAAGUUAUCUUAUAUCAGCCAGGAUUUUGGGAAAUGAUUAAAUUUGCCUGGAUCCAGUAUGUCAGCAUUCUCCUUAUCUUUCUUUGGGUGUUCGGUAGGAUUAAAAUCUUUGUGUUCCAGAAUCAAGUGGUGACUACAACUCCGAUAACACCAGUUCUGCCAGUGUCUCCAGGACUGCCCUACAAACAGCACCAGUUCUGAGGAGGUGCCUGAGAACACUUUAAAGAACUGCAGUUAAAAAUAGAUACCUGCUUUUAUUCUCAACACACUUUUUACUUCAGAAGAUCAGAAGAUGGUACCUAUGUUCCAAGUAUCUUCUGUUCCUGCUUCCUUUCUAAAAUACCUGUUUGUUGAUCUGUUUCUCUGGAAAUACUGCUUUGGGACUGAAAAUUUUAAUAUUUUUGGCAGUUAAAGAAGAACCUACUUAUUUUAUUGCAAUUGGAACUCACUUCAAAAAAACAGUAGACAGCAAUAACACUGUUUUCGUAUGAUCUUAAUUUUGCUAAAACUUGAAGACUGAAAAUAAUAUGUUAGCAGUAACAACAAAACUUACUGUCUUGUAAAUAAUUUCACUGCUGAGUUUCAUUUCCGUUGAGCUAUUUGUAUGUGCAUUUAUGUGCACUUAAGAGUGGAAAAAAUAUGAGGACUGUGAAAAAAUGUAUGGAUGAGUAAGUGUUAGAGCCACACUUCUGUAACUGUAUGUGUGUACUUGUUUAGUUAUUAAAUUGGAUGAUGGAUAAAUUCAAGGUUGAUGUGAGAAACUGGGUUGUGGGUGAUAAUAUCUGCAGGUUUUGUACAGUCAUUUUCUAUUGGCAUUAUUACUAUAUUGCUGGACCAUUAAUUGUGAAUUGGGACUAGUAGAACAGAGAAGCCUAGUGUUUAUGUAGAGAAAACUAACAAAAAAACUAGCAGAGAAGCUUCAGAGUUCUGAAGCAAGUGAAUAAUUACUUUCAGAACUUAAAUGCAAACUCAGAACAGAUGAAAAUUAAAUCAGUUACAAUCACCUAGUGAGAAGUGAAAGACUGUCCUUCGUUUUUGGUGGUGGUGACAUAGAAGAUUAUUUUGGUUUAUUUUCUUUUUCAGGGCUUACUUUUUAUGCCAGACAAGCUUAAAAAGGAGAAU